AUGUAUCUCAAAUUGUUAUCAUCUCACUUCAGUUCCAUGAGAUUGGCGGCAAUACGAAAUAUCUCAAAAGAUCAUAAAAUAGUUGUUGUUGAUCAAGGAAGCACAAUACUAGCAUAUCAUCCAAAGGAAGACUUUCCUUAUGAAUGCACCAAGCCUCUUCCUGAAAUUGACCAAAUUGAAGCUGAGAGCAGCUUAUUGAAAACUACAGUUACUCCAGAAUUACUGAAUAUUUUCAAUAAGAAAACUCCAGAACAGGCCAGGCAGGAACUCAUGAAUUUGACACAUACUACUAAACAUAGAUGGUUUCCUAGAUCAAGAGACAAAAAAGCAAAGAAGACACCAAUGGAUCGAGAAUAUUUGUAG